AUGGCCCUUUUCGAGUCCGACAACCUCGCAGGAAAUGAAAAAUCGCCCUCUGCACUUUUUUCUCUCCAUACACUCCGUUGGGACACACAUUAUGGUCCUGCGAAGGGCGAUGUCGUCACGUUCUCGAGCGUUAAAAACACGAUUGAGUUUCUUGACAUUGCAUUUGGACAAUAUGCAGGCUCCAUGGGAGCUUCUGUCUUUGACCUGGCGACCAUGAAGAAUCUGAAACGACUUCGCAUCACCAACGACCGAAUGGAGAACACUGCGGUGUUCUCUCCCAUUAUUGACAUUGGCCUCGCUGACUCGGACCUUCUCGACUGGCUUCAAGUGCCUGGUACGUUGGAGUUGUUCGAGCUCAAUUAUGUUAUCUACCUUGGAGAGGAUGUCCUCAGCAUGGAUCCCUUUCUCGAUUCCUUCGCGACAAACCAAUGGUCACGACUCAACCAAUUUUUCUCUUCGCACAAUUUUACCAAAGUCAAGGGGGUCGCUUUGACUCCGGAUUUUGCUCGCCUAGAAUUUGCGUCGUCAAUUGUUCAGCGCCUUAAUUAUAUCAAUUCACGAACCGUACAUGGCUCAUGGUGGCGCUCUGUCGGGAUCAAGCAACAUGCAGCGGGUUUUAAAUCACGGCGCGACGCUUACCUCAUGUUGCUCAAGCUUCAAGUCUAA